AUGUAUAAGAUAACCCAAACUCAAUUACUAGAAUGGGUCAAAGAUGGAAACGCAUAAACUUUGGCAACUUACUUUCGUGAAAACCUAGCUGGCAAUUUAAAAGGACUUUAACUCUUUUUUAAGAUGAUUGACAACUAAAAACGUAAUGUAGUCCAUUGGGCUGCCUAUUUCGGAUAAUUGGAAUUAUUAGAAAAUUGGCUAUAAUCCUACUCUUAAUACAUUGAUCUUAAUAAGACUGAUAUGCAUCAUUAUACUCCUUUAGAAUUAGCGAGUAUUAAAGGGUAAAUUCAAUAUUCUUAUUAAUUACAGCUUUAUGAAAGAAUAGGACUCCUUGAUUUAAUUUAGCCUAAUCAAACUAUUAAUUGAGAAUAAGGCUAUAGUACCAGUAGAUAAUCCAUAUAAACGAGCCACUCCACUUCAUUGGGCCUAUUAUUAUGGAAAUACAGAGCUAAUAAAAUUUCUUUUGUCAAAUUACCCUGAUCUUCAAUAUCAACUAGACUAAUUUGGCAUGUAUCCUGUUGAUUAUUUAUUCUUAGAGAAUAGACCUUAGGAAUAUUAGUAUUUUGAUAAAUUUCAUAUUUUUUAGGAGGAAUUACAAAGGUAUUUUUAUUGCAACAGUAGUGGAGUAUGCAUAUACAAUAUAUAAUCACCAAUUCAAAAAUAUUCGUAAUCUCAAUACUUAAAUGACUAUGACUCUUCGAUCCUAAUCGUUAAAAUCAUAAGGAAAUGAUAGUAGAGAGAGAUUACACUUGAAAGAACCUGCAAAUGAAAUAGAUAGUGAAUCUGAAGAAAGAACCUAAAAUUAUUUGCACGCAGGUUUAACUACUAUGACCUUAAUGUCAAAGGUAAGAUAAACAUGUACUAAUUCUCAAAAAAGAGAUUCCUUAACUUCAAAACUAAGUUAAUAAUUUAAGUAGAUUAAAGAGAAGAUGACAAAAUUACCUAAUAAAAAUAUAACUAAUGAAAUUCCAUUUGAUGAUUCCUAAUUAGAACUUAAUGAACCAGAAGCAGAGAAAAUUCCAACAGUCAAAAUACUGUAGCCAACUAAUACAAUUUUCAUGGAUCCUCAUAAAAAUUAUUUGGAUUAAUCAAAUAAAAUACUCAAUUCUAAGAGUGAUUUGGAAAGUGAAAGAAAUAAUUAAAAAAAUCUUCUUUAAUCAGAUGAUGAAAUUCCUCGUCCUUUUAAAUCAAAUAAUAUAUAAUCACAAUAUGAAUUAUCUCGAUAUUAACCAUCAUAAUGUCAAUAGUCAUGUGCUCCUUCUUAAUUUGGAAGGCAAUUUUCUCAAGAAAUGCAAAUAUCUUAAGAGGAUUUUAGAUUAUCAAUGAAGGAUGCUUAAUAAUUUAGAUCUAUGAAACCUUCUUUAAAAAAACCAGGAUAGAAAUUAUUUAAAAGGAAAAGUACAACUUUUAAUAAUGAACCUUACUACAUUUUUCAUUUUACAAAAAGUUAAAGUAAGAGGUAAUUGUUUGAAUGUAGAUUAUAAUUUUGGUCAACAAGAAUUGAAUCAAUAGAAUUUUUUACAUACUUUUUAAAAAAGGGAUGCAAUCCAUUUCUAAUUUAAUAUUAAGGAUUUAAUUGCCUACAUAUUGCAGCAAACAAAGGAAAAUAUAAUAUUCUUAGAUUUAUUUUAGAGAAUGAAUAUAAAUACAAAGAACUUGAAUAACUGAAGGAAAAAUAACCUUACAUUACUGAAGAAGAAUUAAGUAAGACUUAGUAAAGCAAAGUUAUAUUUAAUAAAGUAUUAUUAAUUUUUAAUUAUUAGAAUAAUGCUUUCAAUAUGAUGACUGAUUUGAAUCCUUCCAAUGCCUUACAUUUAGCCAUUGAAAUUAAUAAUUUUGAAUGUAUGAAGUUAUUAGUGGAAAAUGGGGUUUCGGUAGAUGUGUUAAAUCAUAGAUGUUUAAAACCUUUUGAACUAACAUUUGAUACUAAAAUGGUCAAAUUUUAUGAGAAUUAAUAUCUAAAAAAACAUGAACAAAGUUUUAAUUUUAUGGGAUAUAUGUACGUUCUUUAAACUAAAGGAUCUUUGGAUAUUAAUCAAGAUAUUGUUAUGUUAUAAUUACAAAAUAUUAGAUAAUCCUUUUAAUAAAAUGACAUGGAAUUUGAAUUUAUUGUAAUCAAUACUCCAAAUUAUAAUUAUCUAAGAAAUACUAAAGAGAAUAAAAUUCAACAUCAUUAUUAUGUUCUAAAAUUAACAGCACAUACUAUUUAUAAACUAGCAGAUAAAUAUGAAAUUGAAUGCUAUCAUUUUACUAAGAAAGUAAUAUUUUGAUUAAUUAUAGCAUUUAGCCAAGUUUAAAUAUAGAGAUUAUGCUCAUUAUGAAUUUCCUAAACCUUUGUAGAUAUAAUCUCUAAUUGUUAAUACAUUAAAUGAAGAAUUUGAUUUAGACAAAUUUAUAUUAGAAGGAUUAGUGAUCUCUCAUUUUCCACUUGAAGAUAUUUCAAAAUCAUCAAAAGUUGAUUAGUUAUGGAAAGAACUAUAAUAUAAUUGCAUUAGAGAUACAAUCAGAUUUGAAACUCAUUAAUUUUCAUUAAGACCAUUAAAUUCCAUAGCAGCAUAUUAUGGACCAGUAAUUGCCUGGUAUUUAUCUUUUAAUGUCUAAAUUGUGGGUUGGCUUAUUAUUCCAGCUCUAGUAGGUUCUGCUAUUCAAUUAUAUCAGCUAUUUGCUGAUAAAGUUCAGUAUAAAUUAAUUAGUAUAAAAUUAGUGCUUCCAUUUUACCAGCUUAUGCUUUGUUUAUGUCACUAUGGGCAACAUUAUUUAUGGAAAAAUGGAAAAAUAGAGAAUCUGAAUUUAAAUAUAUAUGGGACAUGCAUAAAUUCAAAUAAUAAGAACCUUAAAGAGUAAUGUAUACUGGUGAAUAUGUUAUCAAUCAAUGUACAAAUAAAAUAGGAAUUUAUGAUUCAUUUACAACAUUUAAAAGAAGAAUGAUAGUUGAAUUCCCAGUAAUAUUGUUAGGGAUAGCUAUUAUAGUCGUGAGCUUCUUUGCCUUCAAUAUUUGGCAAUAAAACCAAGAACCAAACAAUAUUUAUAUGCCAAUAAUAAUUAAUUCUCUUAAUGGAGUAAGUAUGACUGUCUUUUGUGACCUAUAUAAACGUUUGUGUAAAUCAGUUGUUAAUUGGGAAAAUCAUAAAUUUGAUUUAGCAAUGUAAUACUCUUAUGUUUUAAAAGUCUUUUUGUUUGAAUUCUUAAUCUCUUAUAUCUCAGUUGUAUAUGCUGUGUUAUUUAAAUCUGACCAAACUCAAUUAACUUUAUCAGUAGCUAGCAUAAUUAUUACUAGAGGACUAAUCUCAAAUUUAACAAGUAAUUGUAUGCCUUAUUUAUUCUACAAAUAUUUAAAAUGGGUUUUAAAAGGUUAAUUUGAUAAAUUUCAUGACUUUUGUAAAGAUUUCAAAAUUUCUGAAAUGUAAUAUGUAGAUGAAAAGUUAAACCUUGAAGAUUAGAUUAAAUUUAUGCAAAUAAUGGAGGAUAGCCAUAAUAAAUAACCAUAAAAGGAACUAUAUAAUGAGUAUACAAGUAUAGCCAUUCAAUUUGGAUAUACAACAAUGUUUUCCCCUGCCUUUGCUGCUGCUCCACUUUUUUUUCUGUUAAAUCAAUACAUCAACCUUCAAUUCUCCAUUUACAAUUAUUAAAAAGUGCUAAAAAGAGAGGUAAGAUAUUACAUUACUAAAGAGAGCUUAAGCUGCUGAUUCAAUUGGAAUUUGGCUAUCCAUUUUUGAGAUUAUGAAUUAUUGUUCUACCUUCAUGAAUUGCAUAGUGAUUGGAAUCGUAAAUAAAUCUGAAUUUGAAAAAUUGAUUGGGGAUACUGAUCCCUUAUUUCAAGCCUUAGUUCUUGCAGCUAUAGAACAUAUUUUAUUACUUAUUAAAUAUAUACUUGGAGCAGCAAUUCCUGAUUGUCCUUAUUGGGUAUCGAAAGAAUUAAGGAAAUAUGCAUUUCUAGAAGGAAAGAGUGCUAAAAUUCAUGAAGACAGUCAAAUUACUUUCUGA